AUGUCGACAUUACCGCCUGACUGGCGAUUCAAGUUCAUGGGAUCCGACACGUCUGUGGCCCAUGUCAACAAAUCCGCGUCAGUUCGACAGCAAGUGAAGGCUGGCAAGCUCGACCUCAUGUACAUCCCAUCGAACAUGAGUACUGCAGGCCAGGAGAUGAUCAGUCGCUUUCUGACGAAUCAAUGGCUGUAUGAGACCGUUCUCGCACCUGCAGAAUGGCUGCUGAUGUAUCAGACCGACAGCAUGAUGUGCGGCAAUCACAAGGGUACGCUUGACGAGUGGUUGGACUAUGAUUGGGUCGGAGCGCCAUGGUAUCUGGAAAGUCGAUACGGCGGCAAUGGCGGCCUAUCUCUGCGCCGAGUCAGCUCGAUCCUUGAGGUCUUGCGUCACCAGCAGCGAGCCAAUAAUUCUGAUCCUGAGGAUGUCUGGUUGACGGAGCGAUUGGGCCAUCUGCCAAACUCCCGGACGGCCAAUGGCACCGAGUCACUCAUGUUCUCGGGCGAAGCUCAUUGGUAUGACUACCCUCUGGGCUAUCACACCGGCGGAAGCGGUGAAUGGCUGGUUGGGGGCAUCUGGGGAACACCUGAGAAACGGAACCACAUCUAUAAAUAUUGUCCGGAGAUGAAGCUGACGCUGAAGAUGGACACGAAGAAUGUUUACCCGACGGCAACUCAGCUGAACAGAAUUUUGGCUUUCGAAGUCGCGCCGUGGAUUUCCUCCUCGUAG